AUGAAGCUCCGCAAUUUCUUCUGGCGGCCGCCAGAAGAAAUUGCAGGGUAUCAGGGCGUCAUUUGCGGCGGCCUAUGCUGUCUUCUCCGGGCCUCGUCCUUGGGAAACAUUCUGAGAGCCAUCGAUUUACCCCGGUCCGUCCGUAUCCCGGCGAGCUCUGUGGCAUCCUCGGACCCCUCCAUGAAAGUCCGCAUGUCCUCAUCCUCGGAAGUUGCAGGCCAUGGAACCAUCAUCCUGGCGUCUGCGCUAGUUGUCAUAACCACAGAAGAUCCGAGCUAG